AGUGUAAAGAGAUAGUUGCGAGUCUAAUUAGUGUGUUAUCUUAUCCUUACCUCGAUAUUCCAAUGAAUUUUCAUUGAUAUUAACUUCAUAUAAAUUGUUAUGGUGUUAAUUAAAUCUCUCACUUCGUUUUCGGCAGAUAUGAAGAUCGCUCUUUUUGCUUUAUUCAUGGGCUUUGUGGCGGCAGAAGCCGUCUCCCAGGGUAGAAUAUCCGGUGGUUCAUUGACAACCAUCAACCACUACCCCACCAUUGCUUGCCUGCUGACAAACAGGGACACUGCCGGCCAUUUCAGACAAAACUGCGGCGGCACCAUCCUCAAUCAACGACACAUUUUGACAGCAGCUCACUGCCUUGAACGAGACCAUCCUGCCCAAUGGAGGGCCCGUUUGGGAUCUUCUUUCGCGACCAGUGGAGGCGUGUUGCACAACAUUGCCGCCUUCAUCCUUCAUCCCAACUACAAUCCACGUACAAUUGACAGUGACAUUGCUAUAAUGCGAACAAGUAAUUCCAUUUCGUACACUAACGUGAUCCAGGCGGCCCAGAUCGCUGGAACCACCUACGACCUUCCAGACAAUCAGCGUGUCUGGGCUGCUGGAUGGGGCCAUAUUUUUGAGAGUGGUCCGAACUCUGAGCAACUACGCCACGUUCACUUGGAAGUGAUCAAUCAAAAUAUUUGCAACCAAAGGUAUGGGCAUUUCACUAUCACCAACAACAUGCUGUGCGCUGGCGUGAACGAUAAUAGCAACCGCGGCCAGUGCUUGAUGGACUCCGGCAGUCCUCUUUACCACAACAAUGUAGUUGUCGGCGUCUGCUCCUUUGGAAUGGUUUGCGGCGACCCUUUUCAUCCCAAUAUCAACGUACGUGUUUCCCGUUUUACCGAAUGGAUUCAAAGGAAUUCCUUAAUGAUUUAAUUACAAAACCUACGAACUGUACAAAGGACACAGCGUGAGUGUUAAAAAAGAUGAAUAAAGCCAAAUAAAAAAAAGGUUGACUUAUUUUUUCUGAAUGCACAAAGUCAAGACUUAUUAUACUAUUACCAUAUUAGUGAUGAAGCAAAACUCAGAAAUACUGUUUUAUUCAUAUGAUCAAUGGAAUUACGGUGCCGGGGUCCAGAUC